AUGCGCCGAGCCCGCGGCUUGCCGCGCGCCCUCCUGCCCCCCUCCGUUGCUGGUCUCGGUCGGAGUGGAGGCCGUGAGGGCCUCCCCCCCGCGCGGCUCGCGCGCGGGCACGGCGCGCAGCCCCACCCCGCACUGCCGCGGGUCUGCGGGCAGCCGCCGCGGCACAAUUUGCGAAAACUGGCGGCCAUCAACUACGACGAGCUCAGCCUGGACGAGCUCAAGGUUGUCGUCGCGAGCCUGGUGGAGCGGCUGGAGCUGGCCAAGGCCGCGCUCACGUCCAAGAUGGACACGCCCAAGCUGGUGGCCGCCAAGGUCGAAGGGACCUUUCCGGACCUGCCCUGGGGAUCCCCCGUCGACGCUGAGAUGGUGCGCUCCUACCUUGAGAAGAACAUGCAGGAGCGGAUUAUGGUGAUCGACGGCGCGAUGGGCACCACCAUCCAGCAGUACAAAUUCUCCGAGGAGGACUUCCGCGGCGAGCGCUGGAAGGAUAUCGACCAGGAGCUCAAGGGCAACAACGACCUGCUCGUCUUCACGCAGCCCGACACCAUCCGCGACAUCCACCGCCGCUACUUCCUCGCGGGCGCCGACAUGGUCGAGACAAACACCUUCUCAGGGACGACGAUCGCGCAGGCGGACUACAAGAUGGAGCACAUCGUUUACGAGCUCAACAAGGUGGCCGCCGAGCUCGCCGUCGACGCCGCCAAGGAGGUGACCCAGCUGGAGCCGCACAAGCCGCGGAUGGUUUGCGGCGCAAUCGGGCCGACCAACCGGACCCUCUCCAUCUCGCCGUCGGUGGAGGACCCCGGCUUCCGCAACUGCACCUGGGACGAGGUGGUCACCGCGUACAAGGAGCAGGUCGCCGGCCUGAUCGACGGCGGCGUGCACAUCAUCCUCGUCGAGACCAUCUUCGACACGCUCAACGCCAAGGCGGCGCUGUUUGCGAUCGACGAGUACUACGAGGAGUCGGGCUGCCCGCGGCUGCCCGUCAUCAUCUCGGGCACCAUCGUCGACAUGUCCGGCCGCACGCUCUCCGGCCAGACCACCGAGGCCUUCUACGUCUCGGCGCGCGCCGUCGUCGGCAUCUGGCCGGCCAACGCGGUCGGCGACGACAUCGAGGUGUACGCGGCGGACGGCUCGGGCGCGGUGCGCGGCGUGCUGCACACGCUCCGGCAGCAGGAGGAGCGCGAGGACGACCACUACCUCGCGCUCUCCGACUUUGUCGCCACCAAGGAGUCGGGCGUCAAGGACUACGUCGGCGGCUUCGCCGUGUCGUGCGGCUUUGGGUGCGAGGAGGUCUGCUCCAAGCUGCGCGCCGAGGGCGACGACUACCAGGGCAUCAUGAUGGAGGCGGUGGCGGACCGCCUCGCCGAGGCCUUUGCCGAGCUGCUGCACCACAAGAUGCGCAAGGAGCUCUGGGGCUACGCGCCCGACGAGGCGCUCUCGGCCGACGACAUGCUCAAGGUCAAGUACCAGGGCAUCCGGCCGGCGCCCGGCUACCCGACGCAGCCCGACCACACCGAGAAGGCCUUCCUGUGGGAGCUGCUCGACGCGGAGAAGGCGACGGGCAUCACGAUGACCGACUCGUUUGCCAUGCUGCCCGCCGCAUCGGUCUCCGCCGUCAUCUUUGCCAACCCGUGCUCCACCUACUUCCAGGUCGGCAAGUACAAGCCCCAGGACUCGGGCGGCACUCUCGUGGCGGCGUGGGAGGCGGUGCCGGCCGAGGAGGAGCAAGCGUGCGCGAGGCUCACGGCGCAGCCGCGGCGCAACCGCGCCUGGUUCGGCGUGCUCGAGCGCGAGCUCGUCAUCAGGCCAAUGCAGCAGCGCACGUUCGACCUCUCCAUUUUCGAAGCGGUGCCAGUCAUCAUCGUGGCCCCGUGCUACUUGGCGCUGCUCAACCUGCACUUCGCGCCGGACGAGCUCUACUCGUUCGAGACGUUCGUCGGCUCGGACGGCCUCCGCGCCGCGCCGCCCCCCCUCUUCCGCCGCUCUCUCCUCGUCAUCUCGCGCGAGAUUGCGCCGCCGGGCAGCCGCCUAAGGGAGAUCACGAUCCGGCGGCUGCAAAUCGCCAUCGUCGCGCAGACCAGCGGCAAGGAGGCGCCCCGCAAGCUGAUCCACGCGCGCAUCGUCCUCGAGGGCAUCUCGUUCGCCGCCUUCACCUCCCUCGACACGUGGCCCGUGGCGGAGUGGACGGGCGACCGCCACACCGGCAUCGGGUACGACUUUGAGAGCGCCGACGAGGUGGCCGACACGGUGGGGAUGGGCGCGUGGUCGGUCGCUCCGACCAUGAAGCAGCUGAGGGACCCCGCCUGGCAUGGCGGCUACAUGAUGCUGCAGGAAGGCCCGGCCAGUAUCGAGUAUAUGGCGGCCGAGUCGAAGCUGGUCCUGAAGCUCAGCAUCUCCUACUUUGACCGCAACGGCACCUUCCAGACGGGCGCGCAGCCAGACCAGCCGCCACGGCCCAACAUGAAGUACACCAUGACGGCGGGGUGGCAGGACAACACCUUUGUCGUCACGCGGGCCGACCUCGAGGCCCACACCGACGCGGGCGCGACCGACUUUACGCACUACCGCGUCUGGCAGCUGCGCGGCAAGUACCCCAACCGCGGCUACCCGAAGAUCUUCAACGACGAGACGGUGGGCGAGGAGGCGAAGAAGCUGCACGCCGACGGCGAGGCGCUGAUCGCCGACAUCAUCAAGAACAAGACGCUCAAGGCGCGCGCCGUCGUCGGCAUCUGGCCGGCCAACGCGGUCGGCGACGACAUCGAGGUGUACGCGGCGGACGGCUCGGGCGCGGUGCGCGGCGUGCUGCACACGCUCCGGCAGCAGGAGGAGCGCGAGGACGACCACUACCUCGCGCUCUCCGACUUUGUCGCCACCAAGGAGUCGGGCGUCAAGGACUACGUCGGCGGCUUCGCCGUGUCGUGCGGCUUUGGGUGCGAGGAGGUCUGCUCCAAGCUGCGCGCCGAGGGCGACGACUACCAGGGCAUCAUGAUGGAGGCGGUGGCGGACCGCCUCGCCGAGGCCUUUGCCGAGCUGCUGCACCACAAGAUGCGCAAGGAGCUCUGGGGCUACGCGCCCGACGAGGCGCUCUCGGCCGACGACAUGCUCAAGGUCAAGUACCAGGGCAUCCGGCCGGCGCCCGGCUACCCGACGCAGCCCGACCACACCGAGAAGGCCUUCCUGUGGGAGCUGCUCGACGCGGAGAAGGCGACGGGCAUCACGAUGACCGACUCGUUUGCCAUGCUGCCCGCCGCAUCGGUCUCCGCCGUCAUCUUUGCCAACCCGUGCUCCACCUACUUCCAGGUCGGCAAGGUCUGCAAGGACCAGAUCACCGACUACGCCAGCCGCAAGGGGAUGAGCAUGGAGGAGGCGGAGCGGUGGAUGGGCCCCUACCUCGCCUACGACCCCGCGGCGUGACCGCGUGAGCGUAGAGCGACCGCCGCGGUCGCUCCGCCGCGAUCGCCGCCGCUCGAGCGAAUCCCUCUUAGCUGCUGCACACACUGCUAGACUCUUAUGGCGCACACACCUGUACUGCCCCCGUACGAAUGGAGUAUGUUAUUGCUUUAAAAUUUGUUAAAAGUUUUUGCGAAC